GGGGGAGAGGGAGAGUUGGAAAGUGACUGGAGAGGGCAGGCUUUCACAGUGGAGGAACAUCUGCAGCGCUGCAGCCUUCUCUUUGCACUCUGCACAGCCAACGCUAUGGAACUCCAAUGAAGAGGUGAGGAGAGCAGGGGACUGCUUUAGGAAAGGGUCGUGCCUCAGCCAGCCUCGGCAUCAGGUACAAAACUGGAGCUUGGUUCUUGCGGAUCAUGGGUUACAAAACAAGGUCCAUGCAUUAUGUCUUGUGGUGUCUUUCCUUCUUGCUCCUUCACUUGUUUUGUACAGCCCAAGAUGAGGACAUGAGAUUGAGUUGUAGAACUUCUCAGAGCGAUCUGGUUUUUAUAGUAGACGGAUCAUGGAGUGUGGAUGAUGUAAACUUUGAGUUGGUUAAGAAAUGGCUGAUGAACAUCACUACCAGCUUCAACAUUGGCCAGAAGUUCACCCAGGUCGGGGUGGUCCAGUACAGCGAUGACCCGUUCUUGGAGAUACCGCUAGGCAAGCAUGAUUCCAGCAAAAACCUCCUCAAAGCCAUGGACGACAUCAACUACAUGGGCGGAAACACCAGGACGGGACAGGCUAUUAAAUUUGCCACUGACAAAUUAUUCGCCCUCUCUGAACGUGGUCCACAUGGCAUUGCGAAAAUCGCUGUGGUUCUGACAGAUGGGAAAUCACAGGACGAGGUACUGGCCGCAGCCGAGGCCGCAAGGAAAAAGGGGAUAAUUCUCUUUGCGAUUGGUGUGGGGUCAGAGACUGCGGAGACUGAGUUGAGGGCCAUCGCCAACAAGCCGUCGCGCACUUAUGUUUUUUAUGUCGAAGACUACAAAGCCAUCUCCAAAAUCCGUGAAACCAUAAGGCAGAAACUGUGUGAAGAGACUGUCUGCCCAAAUAAAAUCCAAGUUGACUCCCGGGACGAGAAGGGAUUUGACAUUCUGCUGCACCUGUCCCUGGCCAAGAAGCUGAAGAAGUCACAAGGAUCUUACGAUGGCAAAAAGGCCUUUGAAGUAACACCACGAGUUGACUUAAGCGACAGCACCAAGUCAAUUUUCCCAGAUGGGCUCCCCCCGUCCUAUGUGUUUGUGGCCACGUUGAAGUACAAGGGCUCAGUGGCCAUGGAGGAAUGGGACCUGUGGAGGAUCCAGACCCAGGACGAGAAUCCUCAGAUGGCCAUCAGUCUAAACGGCUUUGAACGGACGGUCUUGUUCACCACCACCAGCAAUUCAACAAGUGGCAUUCAAACCGUCAUUUUCAAAAAGGGUCCAGCAAAGAAACUUUUUGAUGAGAGUUGGCAUCAACUACGUCUUCUAGUCACUGAAGAGGAUGUCACACUCUAUGUUGAUGACCUGGAAAUUGAAACACUUGCUUUGGAGCCACCAAUUGGCAUUUUCAUAAAUGGAAAGACUCAAGUUGGAAAGUAUGUCAGUAAAGAGACUACCGUACCAUUUGAAGUUCAGAAGCUCCGAAUCUACUGUGAUCCAGAGCAGAAUGAUCGUGAGACUGCCUGUGAGAUACCUGGAGUUGAUGGAGAGUGUUCCAAUGGACCUGGUGACAUGGACCUUGAUCCCACCCCGGAGCCGUGCGUCUGUCCUCCUGGUCCCUCAGGUGUCCCCGGCAUAAAGGGGGAAGUAGGGCAGACUGGGAGCCCUGGCAGACCUGGUCUUCCUGGUGCUGAUGGUAAGCCUGGGGUCCCUGGCUCUAGAGGAAGUCCUGGUGUACAAGGUCCUCCAGGCCUACAGGGGCCUCGUGGAGUUGAUGGGUACAAGGGUGAUAAAGGAACUCCUGGGAAUAUGGGGGAGAGAGGAGUUCCUGGAUUGUCUGGAUCACCUGGCCCAUCAGGUGAAAAGGGUGCUGUUGGUGUCUCAGGUCUUCAUGGACUACCUGGCAAAGAUGGCCAGUUGGGUGAAAAAGGAAGCAAAGGAGAACUUGGGCCUGCAGGACUUCCUGGAGAUCCAGGCAAACCAGGCAGAAAUGGUAAAGAUGGAUUCCCUGGGAGGCCUGGGCCAAAGGGAGAAGCAGGUGCACCUGGUAUGCCUGGUACAGAUGGAAGGGGAGGACAUCCAGGCAUGCCUGGCUUACCUGGCCGUGAAGGGCUGAGGGGGGAGAAGGGUGAAGCUGGACUAUCAGGACAAAAAGGAAACAAAGGUUCUCCAGGAAGUUCUGGGGAAAUGGGAUUAUCUGGGAUGCCUGGUGAAGCUGGACAACUUGGACCUAAGGGAGGCAAAGGGGAGGCUGGAGAGACAGGUCUAUCAGGAUUUCCUGGGCAGGAGGGUAAACCAGGAAACCCUGGAACAGCAGGCCAACCAGGACACCCUGGGAUGCCUGGGCUGAAGGGACCAAAGGGACAACGAGGUGAUUCAGGGGAACGAGGCCAAGAGGGUUUGCUAGGUGAAAAGGGAGAUCAAGGUGUUCCUGGAAUCCAAGGUGGUGUUGGCCUAUCAGGACAAAAAGGAGAGAAAGGGACAAGAGGAGAACCUGGUCUGAGAGGACAAAUGGGCCACCAGGGACUACCGGGUCAGCCGGGCCUGAGGGGUCCGUCUGGGCAGAUGGGACAGAACGGAGACUCUGGUUUACCAGGAUCACCCGGACCAGAAGGAAGACCUGGAAGAGAGAUGUCUGAACAAUAUAUUCAACAAAUAUGUAGAGAAAUCCUCCGAACCGAGAUUUCGUCCUAUAUGGGGAGCAACCAGCAAAGGAGCUGUGACCACUGCUACACCCAGGCUGGGAGCCCAGGCCCAGCCGGCCCUGUCGGACCCCAGGGCGGACGGGGUUUCCCUGGGAUGCCCGGAGCCAACGGCAUGCAGGGCCACCGUGGUUUGCCUGGACGGCCUGGCGUUCCUGGCUUGAAAGGGGAGCUCGGUGAAAGGGGUGAAAAGGGGAAUCCAGGUAGAUCAGACGUUGGACAGCCAGGCAUACCAGGACUUCCAGGUCCAAUGGGACCCGCAGGGGUCAGCAAACCAGGGCAGCCAGGUAAUCCCGGGCCUCCUGGCCUGAAUGGGGAGGAGGGCAAGAGGGGCUACUCCGGAGCUCCCGGCCAGCCGGGGGUUUGCCACCCUUCCAUGUGCUAUGGUGCCAUCAUGCGGAGAGGUUCUUACAGCAAAGGACCCAACUAUUGAGUAACACGCACAGAUGCUGAUGUUGCAAGACAGACCAAUCUUGGGGCGAGGUGCUUUGUACACUAAAGAUGAAAAAAAAAGAAAGGGGAAAAAAAUAAUACAGCAAAUCUUUCCAAUCUCAGGAAGAUCUCAUUUUUGUCAGGGUUUCCUCAUUUUGGGAACCCGAGAGUACCUCUAACUGUAUAAAUAAAAACAGAUCCAUGUGUGAGUGUAUUUCUAUCAUAUUUAAAGCAACACCGCCAGUCGUUUAGCACUCACCUUCUCUUUUUAAAUCAUUGCUUUUCUUCAGUCAUCUGCUUCGUUCAGUAAUGAGGAGCUGUGUUGUCAUAAUCCAGUGAUGGAAUCGAAUGUACUUGCCAAUGAGUAUCUCGGAGAGAUUUCUACCUAGGCCUCACCCUCUCCCAACUCAUCCAGCAAGGCAUGUUUCCUUGCUCUCUAUCUCCCCCUGUUGGAUGGUGCUCUCACAUCUUUCUUGGCUGGCUACAUUUAUUUCCCAUUACUUUGUGCCACUAAUAAAUUCCAGAAUCACAUCAUUCAAAGCCUUCGCCAAAAGUUGCUAUUAUGUAAUUGCUUUUGCUACAAGGGUUUCUCCACUGCAACGCAGUUUAGCAAAUGCAGCAUACUUUUUCAAAUUUACACAUGUUCUUAUUUUCCCAUUGGGUUAAACAAGCACCACUAUUACACUGUAUGGCAUUAUAUACAGUGCAAAAAAAUAUAUAUUUUCCAUUUAAAUCAAGCUUGUCUUUAAUUGCAUUAAAGCUGCUGUUGUGACAAGACCCAUCUUAUUAAAUAGCAUAAAUAAUAGCAUAACACUACAAUGCUAAAUUGUGAAAUGAGCCAGAUUUUCAUCAUGCUGCCACACUUGCCUAAAUGCAAUGUCAAUAUUUAUUAUGUAUGUUGGAGUAAUACUUCAUUUCAUAAAUAGGCUUCUCUGUCUCAAGGUACCAUGGUUGUGAACUAAAAUGGUUGGCAAACUGUGUCUGUAUCUGUAAACCAUCACCUUUGAAGUGCAUGGCAUCAAUGUGCAUCAAUCUGAAACAUUGGCUUUGCUUUUCAGGACAUUUCCAUUAGUGUUUGAUGUUAUUUAUAAAAACUGAAUUCAGUUAUUGCUUUUUACUAUUUUCAUUUCUUGCCUAAUUUUAUGCAGGCUUUUACUGUGUUUGAAUGAGUUUUGUAUUGCCUUUUUGAUAUUAUUAAUUAAAACUUUUUUUAUUAAGUUGAA